AUGGAAAACCUAACCAUGCAAACAGAAUUUAUUCUCUUGGGGCUUUCAAGUGAUCCACAAGUAGAGAAUCUUCUCUGCUUUGUGUUCCUACUAAUAUAUGCCACCACAUUAUUUGCAAAUUUUGCAAUUUUACUGUUAAUCAGGAAUGAGCCUAGUCUUCAUACUCCCAUGUUUUUCUUUCUUGGACAUUUAGCCUUGAUUGAUGUUUGCUACUCCUCUGUUACUGUCCCAAAAAUGUUGGGGAACUUCUUUGCAAAGAAAAAGUCAAUUUCUGUGGAUGCAUGCAUUGUACAGAUCUCCUCUUUUCUCCAUUUUGUUUGUGUGGAAGGUUACCUACUUUCAGCAAUGGCAUAUGACCGAUACGUUGCAAUAUGUCACCCACUACAUUAUUCAACCAUGAUGAAAAAGCAAAGGUGUAGACAGCUAGUGUGUGUAGCAUGGAUGAUGGGUUUCCUGAAUGCUCUUUUGAACACAGUACCUUUAAUGGAUCUGACCUUCUGUGGAUCCAAUUUAAUCCACCACUACACCUGCACACUACCUGCAGUUUUGAGUUUGUCAUGCAGUGAACAUUUCAUCAGUCAUGUGUUGAUGCUUUUCACUGCCACUUUCUUUGGUUCCACCUCCUUCCUCCUCACUCUUGUCUCUUACAUUUAUAUCAUUUCAAAUAUUUUAAAGAUGCAAUUUGCAAAAUCUAGGAGAAAAGCUUUUUCCACCUGCAGCUCCCACCUCAUUGUGGUUUGUAUGUUCUAUCUUUCAAUUUUUAUUGAACACCUGAAGCCACGUAUUAGUUCUACCACAGAUCUGGAUAGAGUGGCAUCUAUCCAGUACCUAAUUUUAACUCCUCUGUUAAAUCCUAUCAUAUACAGCCUCAAAAAUAAUGACAUUAAAGCCAGUCUUUGGAAAAGGUCCAGAAGGUUUAGGUAA